AUGGCGGAAUGGAAGCAUUUAAUAACAGAAUGGUUCAAUGAAUAUGCCGCUCUAAGAGAAAAUGAGAUCAAAAGCUUUGCUGCCGAACAUGAGCAUAACCAUGAAAUUGCAACAGCAAUUUUCAAUUUACUCUACAGUGAAGACGAAAGUGAGAACCAGGCGAAAGGUCAAAGAAAUGAAGCAGAUCAACAGAUGCUUGAAAAUGUUUGCAUACAACUAUUCAGUUUCUACAGAUCAAAACAGGUUGAAUUGCAAAGAUUUACAUUACAGUUUGUUCCUACUUUAAUUUACACAUACCUAAGUAAUGUUGCUCAAGGAAACACUAAAGCGUGCCGGUGUAUAGAAACAUUACUCAUUGGUCUUUAUAACUUUGAAGUGGUUGAUGAAAAUGGUAAACCAAAAGUUGUGUCAUUUAGGUUGCCUUCAUUGGCGCAGGCCUCUAUAUAUCAUGAGCCAUUAUCUCUUGGAUCCCAGUUCCUAACAGAAAGUGCUCUCCGACGAUGGGAAGAAUGUAACACUAAACUUGUAAAAUGGGGACCACAUGCUCAAGUGGAGACAAUAAAUGCACAAAACCGCCUUAAAGUCAUGGCUGCUCUAUUAUUUAUUUAUAAUGGUCAACUGAGCUUACUGCCAAAACUUUCUUUACGACAUUUCUGUAUUGCUGCAUCUCGGAUAGUGACACAAGGUUUUAAUACGAAACCUGGCACCAAAUCUAUUCAAAGGAUACCUGUGUCUUCAAAUUUCAUGCUAGAGAUGAUUGAGGGUGCAUAUUAUGCGAUGUUCAAUGAAUUUUACACAUUUGCCCUUCAAGCCGUUAAGGACAUAGAUCAGAGGGCCCAGUAUGAAAUGCUGCCAGAUGUGAUGUUAGUCACUAGCGCUGUUAUUAAUUCAUUAAUGAAUAACCCAACGGGUCAACCCUGCGAUGGACCUAUGGGUAUAAGUGUAGCGCUAUCCCCAGCUACAACUACAGUUACUAUGUCUAAAUCUAUGAUAACAAAUGCAUCAUUCCGAACGAAGAAACUACCAGAUGACAUUCCAAUCCAGGCCGGUCAAGCCGUUCCUACGGAUUCAGCCGAAAUGUUGACAUCCAUAACAGAAGAAGGCGAAGAUACUCCCAUACAACGUGGAGCUGUGAGGAGUUCCAAACCACGACACGGCGGGCUACUUAGCAAGAAGAAAGAUAGCAAAGACAAGGCGAAUGACAAGAAAACACCAACACAGAAGGGGAUCUGGAACAGUCUCAGCGGUGGUGGGGAUAUGGUCGACGCGAACACAGACGGCUUUGAAGCCAACGGAAGCGUUAAGGACGAAAUUUCGAUGACGUCAGUCCAGAACAGUUCAGAAAAUUCGGAUUCACGAUCCCAGGUGACCACGGAUUCAUUGGACAUGGAGACGCCGCGGUUCGCCGCGAUGCAAGUUAGCUCUGUGUGA